AAGAUAGGGUGACAUUGGGUAUUAUCGGCAGGUUUGUUUUCUUCGUCAUGGGGGGUUUUUGUCAGCCAAAUUGCCUGAAACUUGGCCAUAUAAUUCACAUUGGUUGGGAAGGAUUUGAUUCAAAUCAUUUGAGGCAAACUCUGAGUUCAAUAGGUUUAAAAAAAAACCCUAAGACGAAGAGAACAAAACGGCCGAUAAUAGGUAAUUUCCCCUAUAUAAGCGACAUUGAUUAUUAUAAUAAAGUUAGUUUUUAGCUUAAUGUAGUAUUAGAAACACGCUGUUUCACUUCGCAUUAUCAAAAAGUCGUUCUAUAUCCGGUACCCAAGGUGAUUCGGCCCAACCGAAUAGUCGAUAGAUAAUGAGUUUCUGAGUUAAAUCAACUACCGUGCCAUGCUCUAAUACCGUGUGUAUCCUAAUACCGUGGCUGCCACCAAAAUAUCAUAAUUUGUCAAGAAUUUCAUGUAAUUUAGUAAAACUUUUGCCACAAAAUGUUGAGAUGUAUUGAAAACAAUGUUGACACGUACCUGGUUUGACACUUGAUGCUCACAACCCACGAAAAAAAACAUAAACAAAAGCGCAUGCGGCGAACUGUCAAACGUAGGCGUCCAUUAGAAAAGUGGCUAAGUUUGUGCGCAACAUUGAAAUCGUGUUUUCUUGUUUAUUUUUUAACUAUUUCUGAUUGUUUUUGCAUUUCCCUUGUGGUGAAAGGUAUGUAAUUUGCAUUAAGCAUCAAAUUUGCAAGCAAUAAAUGAUAUUCAUGUAUAUUUUUCCACAGAUUUGUUGUCACGGUAUUCGGGCAUCACCAUGCAUAGCAGUUCCUAAUACCGCGGAUCGAAUUUACUUGAUGAUGGCUCCCAAAAAACGUAUGUUAUACUCACUGGACCAAUUGAACAAAGCCCUGGAUAGAGUUAGGAACGGAGGAUCUAUUCGUGGUUCAUCGCGUUUGUAUGGAAUUCCAGAGAGUACAAUCCAUGACAAGCUAAACCAGCGAUAUUCAAAGCCUCCGGGUGCGCCGCCUGUAAUACGACUUGAGAAUGAGGAACGUAUGGUCAAAUGGCUGAUUGAUAUGGCCAAAGCCGGACUUCCUCUAAACACAAAACGUCUUAGAAUGUUCGUUGCUAAGUACGUUAAAUUGGCCAAGAUCAAAAACCCAUUCAAAAACGGAAUCCUCGGACCCAGAUGGGUUGCCGGUUUUUUGAAACGCCACCCGAACAUUUCACGCAGAGUUGCGAGUUCCUUAUCAAAGUGUCGAGCCAGUGUAACUCCUGCUCAAAUCAAGCGAUGGUUCGAAGAAAUCACCGCAUAUAUCGAGGAAAAACAUCUGGAAAGCAUAAUGGAAAAACCGACCCAAAUCUUCAAUAUGGACGAAACGGCCGUCCGCACUACUCCAACACGGGAUGUUCUGCUGGCAGAAUCAAAUAAAAAUCAAGUUCAUUCACGGGUCGGCAACUUAGAAAAAGAGUCAUACACUGCUCUUUUCGCCGGGAAUGCUGCAGGUAUGCUUGCGCCAACCAUGGUUCUAUUCCCAUACAAACAAAGGAUGCCUGGUGAAAUAUUUCAGAGGCUUCCAAAAGGUUGGGCCGCCGGUCGAACUGACUCCGGGUGGAUGACGAGAGAUACCUUUGCCGCUUACUUAAAAGAUGUGUUCUACCCAUGGUUGCUGCGUGAGAAAAUCCCCUUUCCUGUUAUCAUAUUUGUAGACGGACAUUCAUCGCACGUGUCUGCGGAAUCAAUCGCUUUCUGCAAAGCUAAGAACUUGACACUAAUCUGUUUGCCGCCUAACACGACACAAAUCACACAACCAUUGGACGUAAGUUUCUUCCGUCCGUUCAAGGAAUAUUGGAACCAGCUUCUAGUUGACUGGAGGAUCGAUCACGCGGACCUCCCGCGUAGUGAAAUUGCUCCGCUACUUCACAAAGCCGUCAAGCAAAUGUGGAACUUGGAAUCAACUUUAAUCAACGGAUUUCGACGAUGUGGUUUACACCCGUGGAAUGCGGAAGCCGUUGAUUAUUCAUCGCUCCUACAGCCACCUAAACAUGGAGAAACCAGUCAAGAGUGCCGAGAAAAUGUACACGCUCCUGAAAAUCCACAAACGGUUGCGAGUCCAGGAAAUCUGCUAAUAGAUAUUCAGAACUAUAUGACUCAACAACAAGUGGACGUUUUCAACCGCAGUAUUUCUUCUGGCAAGUGGUUAGGUACUACGGAAGAAAUUGCCCUUUUUGAAGUGUGGCAAAAAAUCAAAUACGGACAAAACAAUUCGGUGCUAACUCCAACUGUGGAUUGUCCUGUACAGGCACGAAUGAGAUCCUCCCUUGAUGCUGAGCCUCCUUUCGAAGGUUGGAUCGAAGGCCCAAGUUCACCUAUACAAGAAAUGCCGUUAGAUUUGUCUUUUCGUUCAAUUGAGCUUUCAGUUGAGCGUCAAGUGGAUGUUCUGGGAGAGAUUUUCUGCAUCCCCAACAUUGAACAGAGGGUUUCACAAAGGCCGAGAAAGAAACCACAGCCUCCAUCGGUGGCUACUAGUGAGGCAUACGACAAGUACCUGGAAAAUAUCGAGAAUAUCAAAACGGCUGCGUUGAAAGAAAAGGAAAUGAAGAAAACUCAACGACAAGCUAAGAGAAAACUACAAACCGACAAAAAAGGUCCGUAACAGCACAAGAAGCAGAAAAAAACAAACUAAAUGGAAGAGCAUCCGCUGAAAGGAGCUCUAUAUCCCCAAGUACUUUCAAAAAUGUAAUCGAUAUUAUCAAUAAAAUUAUUGUUACGUAAUAUUUUGUUGUACUUUUGUUCAUUUUUUAUUGUUUGCGCUACCAUUCGAGGUUAUUUGAUAGGGUCACGGUAUUUGGAAUUUUCAUACACGGUGUUUGGAAACGUAUCACGGUAUUAGGAAUAUCGUCUUGUUGUACGUCAUCGUAUUUUUUCAUAAUUGUAUGUAAUUAAUGUAAUUUAAUGCAAUUUUCUAUCAAUAUAGAUGCGUCAUGAAAUAAUUUAACGCGAUUGUGACAAACAAUUGCAGCGAAUAUUUUUUUUUACAUCAGUUUUAAGAUCGACAGCUUCUUAACCUCACGGUAUUAGGGCAUGGCACGGUAAACAUUGAACAUAAGAUUA